AUGCUCCUGUUGUCAGUUUUGCUGCUCAUGUCCCAAGCCAAGGGCACACAUCCUGCAUGUGGUAAAAGAACCAUUUUUGAGAGAGGACCUCAGUAUUCCAGAAUCAUAGAGGGCAUGGAAGCAGAGGUGGGUGAGUUUCCAUGGCUGGUGAGUAUCCAAGCAAGAAAUGAACAUUUCUGUGGCGGCGCCAUCAUCAACGAGUGGUGGAUUCUCACUGCUGCUCACUGCUUAAGUGUUGAGGGGUUGAAUCCCGCAGACCUGAACGUCGUGCUGGGAACCAACGACUUACAGAGCCCAUCUCUGGAAGUAAAGGGGGUCACCAGUGUAGUGGUGCACGGUCGCUUUGAAAGACGCACCAUGGACAAUGACAUCGCCUUGCUGCUGUUGGACUCGUACAUCGUGUUCAGCGACCUGAAAGAACCCAUCUGCAUGCCCAGGCAGUCCAGCCCAGCCACGUGGACCCAGUGCUGGGUGGCAGGAUGGGGACAGACCAAGCCUGGUGACCUAAACUCUGUGACAACUGAACUGAUGAAAGUGCCAAUGAUCAUCAUGGAUUGGGAGAGAUGUUCAAAGGUGUUUCCAAAACUUACCAAGAAUAUGCUGUGUGCUUCAUAUAAGAAUAUGAGCUAUGAUUCUUGCCAGGGUGACAGUGGGGGGCCUCUAGUCUGCACCACAGAAUCUGACAAGAAGUGGUACCAGGUGGGUGUCAUCAGCUGGGGAAGGAGCUGUGGAAGGAGGAACAUUCCAGGGAUAUACACCGUGGUAGAAAAGUACAGCCAGUGGAUCAUGAAGGUGAUGGAGUUAGAGGGAAGGCCCCACAGCCUGAAGCAAAGGAAAACGACUUCCCAGAAACCAAGGAUGAUGUCCCGUGCCUCGAAAUUCCCAGAGCCAGGCAGCCCCCCGCUCCGGCUCUUGCUCUGCCUUCUGUCCUGCGUGCGGUUCUAG